AUAUUACCUAAAUCAACACCAAACCAACAAAGGGAAGCAAAACCAAAACACCCACCUUCCCUUUUGCUCCACAAGCAAACUCCGCUCUUCUCCUACCUCUCUGCAAUAAUGGAGGGUAAACUAGAGCAGCCGGAAUUCAUUUUCCGAUCAAAAUUACCGGACAUUUACAUCCCGAACCACCUUCCCCUGCACACGUAUUGCUUUGAAAACAUUGCCCAAUUUCAAGAUCGUCCUUGCCUGAUCAAUGGCGCAGACGGAAAAGUUUACAGUUACGCGGAUGUCGAGCUCACCGCCCGUAAAGUCGCCACAGGGCUGAACAAUUUGGGGAUUCAACAGGGGGAUGUGAUCAUGCUUUUGCUCCAGAACUCACCGGAAUUCGUCUUUGCCUUUCUCGGUGCGUCAUAUCGUGGAGCCAUCAGCACCACCGCCAAUCCCUUUUACACUCCUGCGGAUGUCGCAAAGCAAGCAACUGCAUCGAAGGCCAAAUUGAUCAUAACCCAAGCGGGCUACGCAGAGAAAGUGAGGGAUUUCGCUAAAGACAACGACGUCAAGGUCAUGACAAUCGAUGAACCGCCGGAGGGAUUCCUGCAUUUCUCGGAGCUGACUCAGGGGGACGAAAACGAAAUGCCCGCCGUGAAAAUCAAUCCCGAAGACGUCGUGGCUCUGCCGUAUUCCUCCGGGACGACAGGGCUGCCAAAGGGGGUGAUGCUGACGCACAAAGGGUUAGUCACCAGUGUGGCGCAGCAAGUCGAUGGCGAGAACCCAAAUUUGUAUUUCCAUGCAAAGGAUGUGAUCCUCUGUGUUUUGCCUCUGUUUCACAUAUACUCACUCAACUCUGUUCUGCUCUGCUCUCUGAGGGUUGGGGCGGCGAUGCUGAUUAUGCAGAAGUUUGAGAUUGUGAAAUUGAUGGAGCUUGUUGAGAAAUACAAGGUUACAAUUGCGCCGUUUGUGCCGCCGAUUGUUCUGGCGAUUGCCAAGAACCCGGACAUCGAUAAGUAUGACCUGUCGUCGAUCCGGACGGUGUUGUCCGGCGCCGCGCCGAUGGGGAAGGAGCUCGAGGAUGCUGUUAGGGCCAAGUUACCUAAAGCAAAGCUUGGACAGGGUUAUGGGAUGACGGAGGCUGGACCAGUGCUAGCUAUGUGCUUGGCCUUUGCCAAGGAACCCUUUGAGAUAAAAUCCGGUGCCUGUGGAACCGUCGUCAGGAAUGCUGAGAUGAAGAUUGUUGACCCUGAUUCCGGUGCUUCCUUGCCGCGAAAUCAAUCAGGGGAGAUCUGCAUCAGGGGUAGCCAAAUUAUGAAAGGUUAUCUUAAUGACCCGGAGGCGACGAAGGCAACCAUAGACAAAGAUGGGUGGUUGCACACCGGCGAUAUCGGAUACAUCGACGACGACGACGAGCUCUUCAUCGUUGACCGGUUGAAAGAACUGAUUAAAUACAAAGGUUUCCAGGUAGCUCCGGCCGAGCUGGAAGCAAUGUUAAUCGCCCAUCCCAACAUCUCUGACGCUGCUGUAGUAUCCAUGAAAGAUGAGGCAGCAGGGGAAGUUCCGGUUGCGUUCGUCGUUAGAUCAAAAGGCAGCAAGGUCACUGAGGAUGAUAUCAAGCAAUACAUCUCAAAACAGGUGGUUUUUUAUAAGAGAUUAAAUCGGGUUUUCUUCACGGAUGCAAUUCCGAAGGCUACCUCAGGCAAAAUUUUGCGAAAGGACCUAAGAGCAAAGCUUGCAGCUGGUAUCCCCAAUUAGUAUUAAUUGGACAGAUUAUCGUAAGAUUAGGGUAAAUGGAUGUGAUCUAUGUAUAUGUUAUUUUUAAUUUGGACAGCACAAAAAUCCUGUGAAAACAGGAAAAUUGUUAUUCUGGUAUGUUUUGUGUGAGUACUAGAAUGGAGCUCCUAUAAAACAAGUACUAGAAUGAAGCUAGUCCUUCAUUCUUUCUUUUCUUUUCUUUUUUAUUUUUUAAUAAAUUGCACUCUACCCA